CAGAUCUAACUUCGUUUCCAACGUGACGUAUACAAAAUAUGUAGUCGCUUGCAUGCUGCAAUUUUCUUAGGUUAACUAUCAGAAGUUGACAUGAAUAAUUAAGCCAUGUAUACUAUACAGUUAGAAACGAGCAUUAAAUAGUAGCAAAGCAAUUAUUAGCAACUUGGAAUUGUGUAAUCAAACGUCUCGGCCAUGGCUGACGACGACGACGAGAAGCGGGAUGAUGACCCCCGUUUCGAUUUUAUCCUACAGUUUUUGCUAAAGUCGACCAAGUUGAAAAUGGAUCUCUGGCAAAAACUAAAAUCCACAAAUGAUUACAAGAAUUUGAUGCUUAAAUUCUUCGACACACCAACGGAGAACAUGCUCUUGAUAGAGAUCUCACCACUGGCUUUGCUGAUUCCCCACUCGUUUAUUCAGCUUAAUUUUAAAUCCAAGUUCUGCUACUUUCUGCGACGCGAAACUGUACAGGUCACCAACGAAAACUGCAGCGUCGUACUCGUAACGGGAGAAGUGACGCCGAGAUCUUUCGAUGAUCUCGCCGCUGUCGUAGAAGAGGUUUUCAUUCCCGUUUUGUCGAAUCCGGGUGAAACGACCACGUGGCCCGACGUCGUCGCCGAGGACGUGAAGCGACACGUUUACGAGCUCCGAAAUUUGAUAUGCACGAUUCGAAGUAAAAUAAGCGGUGAAACUAUGCUACCAAUGCCGAUGGGUAUAGAGGAGGUAUACGGAGACGCUCCAAUUUCUUCCCAACUGCGGCGCAAUAUGGAAGAAAUCGUGAUCAAGUGGACGGGUCACAUAAGCGAGGUGCUUUCCGAAGACAGUAGUCAGGCGUUAAAAAACGAGGAAAAUCCUUUGCCUAAAUCAGAACUUACGUUUUGGAGGAAAAGACUGAAAAACGUGGAAUCGAUUUACGACCAAUUGAGAGACCCUCGCAUUAAAAGGAUGGCUAAGAUACUGGAACAGUCAAAAAGCUCCUAUCUGCCGUGCUUGCAGACCAUCUUCAAGGACGUUGUCGGUGCGGUCGUCGAAGCUCGCGACGUCUGCCUCUAUUUGCUUCCACUCCAGAAGUAUUUCCAAGAGAUCGAAAGUCAAUCGUACUUUCCUGAUAUUCAACCAAGACUGAAGCCCAUGAUGCACUGUAUUUGUUUGACCUGGUCGCGCUCCAAGCACUACUGCAAAAGCAGCCGUAUAGUAACUCUGCUGAAAGAGAUAUCAAACCUCAUCAUACUGCAGGCAACAGACUUUCUGGAUCCGCAUUCCCUAUUUCAAGGCGAAAUUGAAGACAGUCUAUUGAAGCUCACCAGAUCCAUCGGCGUAAUCGAGCACUUCCAGGACGUUUUCGAUGUCUUUCGUAACAAGGUUCCGAACUACUUUCGGCACUCAAAGGACCCUGUCGGCUGGACCUUUCACGAGAAGCUCGUUUUCGACAGACUGCUCGAAUUCCUGAAGCGGUUGAAAGAGCUCAAAGUUGUACUGGAGCUCGGGCAGGAGUUCUUCAAGCUGGAAAAGGUCGAGAUAGCAGGACUGAGAGGAAAGAAGCUUGGACCGAUGGUUUUUGAUAUUUAUGAAGAUUUUGUUAAGAGAUACAACGAGUUUGGCAGUGUGAGUUAUGAGAUGCUACUGCCGGAGGAUCCAGGAUUCGACGAAGACAUUCAAAAGUUUAUGAAGAAGGUCGAAGAAUACGAUAGAAGGCUGGGCACAAUAUUCGAUCAGGCUUUCUCUGAGUGUCACACCAUAGAGAGCAUGUACAAGUUUAUCGUCAACAUCGGCACCAUCGUCUCUCGGCCGAUCAUUUUCAAGCAACUGUAUCCGUACUACGAGGAUCUUGUUAAAAAAAUGCACUCCGAGCUGGACGUUUCCAAAGUGAUUCUCGAUGAAAACUUAAAGUUAUACGAAAGCACAGGCCAGACGGAUAGUGACGAGAGCUUUCCACCAGUGGCUGGAGAGCUUUGCUUUUUAAAGAAACUUAGAAUACGCGUGACAAAUCCGAUAGAUUGGAUUUCGACGAUUGAUCAUCCAGUCGUCCAGUCGGAAACUAUGGGUCUAGCUCUUGAUAAACACAAACAGCUUAUCGAAUUAAUAGGGGAAAAGGAAGAAGAGAUUUUUAAGGUGUGGGCAGAAAAGGUGCCAGCAAUUGUCGCAAAGGGUUUGUCCAAUAAGCUUUUUAUUAAAACUGAGGAAGGAAAGUCGACGGGAAAUUUGGACGAAGAACUGGCGAUGGUGCUCAAGGAGACCAGAUACAUGGUCAUGAUUCUAGAAAAGAACGAUCUACCGGCGGAGGCUCUGGACGUUUUCGCGCGAGCAACGUUCUUUUACGAUAACAACUUGAAGCUCAAUAAUAUUUCAAAAUGGCACAAUGAAGUCAACGAGGUCACAUCUGAGAUCGAAACUAUGUUAAUCAACGAAGAAAUGCAAGCUAUCAAUGAACUAAUAGAUUACGGACAGGAUAACUACAACUGGAAUUCACCCGAGGUAUCCGAGUUUGUGGAUAAGCUUCACGACAUGACAGGCAGUCUUCACUCUCGCAUCCUGCGAGCCCAGGCUAAUCUCGCGAAUCUACAGCGAAAACUUAACGAAUGGGCUCUGGUACCUGUACUCGUGCGUAAGGAUAACAAACCGAAGCAGCUGCUGGCCAUCGUGGAUAGAAAAGAGACGUUCGAAAAGAGAUACAGACAGAUCGCUGCUGAUGCGGAAGAGCUCGUUCGGGUGCUCGAAGAAAAUUACAAGCUGUACUUCGAUUUGAUGCCUGAGGAAUUGGAAAUUACGGAAGAUGUCGCAGACAAUGAUUUGGAAGAAGGCGCUGCAGAAAAGAGAGAGGAAGACGCAGGAAUCGGCGAAGAAGUCGCAGCUUCAGACGAAGCCGAGAGCGAGGCUGAAGCGUCCGAAGAAUCGUUGACUCCUUCCGAAGUUCAGCGUAGAGAGGCAGAAGCCGCCCUGGAAGCCGAGCGCGAGGAACAGCGUCAAGAAAAGUGGAAGUCCUACCUCACCGACAUCGAUGAGAUCGUCGCCAAAGUUCUGAUACAGGCAGCUUCUACUAGUAUCGGCUACAUCUUGAACGAAACCGACGCGAAUUCCGACAUAGAGCCGCUCUUUGAAAUACAGCUUCUGCUGGAGAUCUCGAGAAUAAUAUUCAAUCCUUCGACGGAUAUUGAAUCGCAGACGGGAUUUUAUGCUCUCUAUGAGGAGAUUAUGCUCGACAUAAUGAGGAUGGCUACGUUGAUUCCGAGGAUCGAUUUGGAAAUUGCAGCUGCGCGUCAAGUUUACACGAUAGAUUUAGCUGAGAAUGAAGGCAUAAUACUCUUACUAGAAGAAACCUCAGCUCGCGUGAAAAAGGCGUUGGGAGAAGCCGUAGAGUAUGCGGAAAAAUUCGACAAAUACUCCUGGCUUUGGGAGGAUGACCGUCGCGAUUACUUGGAUCUUUUUCUACUUUUUGCUCGAACCUUAACCGAAGAGGAAAAAAUCCGCGUAGCACAAGCCGACGAGAACGAGCCAAUCGCUGGUCUUCCAGACAAGAAGCCCAAGCUCGAGGACUUCAGGAGCGAGUUAGACCGGUUCGCAGAUUUGUACAAGGAAUGCGAAGCCAUUGAGAAUAAAAAAGUCAUUCAAAAGUGGCUGAAGGUUAACGUAAAGCCUAUGAAACAGGGCUUGUUGAACACUGUUUGCAAGUGGUCGAAUAUGUUGAAGCAAUAUCUUAUAGAUAGGGUUAAUAAGAGUUUGGAAGAUUUGUCAGUGUUUUUAAAAAAGGCUCACGGAAGAUUCACAAAUCCUGUAGAUAAGGACGACUACGACGGGCUUCUCGAUACGAUCUAUUACUUAAAAGAAGUCCGAGAUCGGACUUUUGAGAUUGACGAUAUGUUCGAGCCUUUGAAAGAAACAAUUCAAUUGCUCAGCGAUUACAAUGUGGAAUUCAGCGACGAAACUUACGAUAAGUUGACAGAACUUCCCGAGUUUUGGAACUCCAUAAAGAAGCUUGCUGCUCAAGUGAAGCAAGUGGUCGCACCGCUUCUAACCACUCAGAUAGAAUGGCUGAAGAAAAAGUUCGUUUGGUUCGACUAUCGCCAGAAGAAACUACUGGAAAAGUUCCACGGCGAGGAAGUAUUCAAUCCUGCUUGCGAGAACGUGUACGCGAAACUCGACGCUAUCAACGAAAAAGUCGAAGAGUUGCUCGAGGAGCUGCGCGAGCUUGCACGCACCGCUGAAAUAUUCGAGCAGCCCAUGCCGGAGUUCAAAGAGUUGGAGCAAUUGCGUCGUGAGCUCAAAAUGUUGAAGAGCCUCUGGGACUACGUCAACGUGAUCAUGUCGAACUUGUCGCAGUGGAAGAAGACCGUUUGGAAGAAGCUCGACAUCGAGGGCAUGGACGUUGAGUGCAAGAAGCUUACGCGAGAACUGAGACUUCUAGAUAAGGAAGUCAAAAGCUGGGAGCUGCACCACUUUAUCGAGGGCCAGUUGCGGAACAUGAUGUCGUCGUUGAGAGCAGUUUCCGAAUUACAAAAUCCGGCCAUAAGGGAGAGGCACUGGCAGCAGCUAAUGGCUGAAACUAAAGUAAAAUUCACAAUGAACGACAAAACGACACUUGAAGAGCUUUUGAGGCUAGAACUUCACAAGUACGAAGAAGAAGUCAAGAAUAUCGUCGACAAAGCAGUCAAAGAAAUGGGCAUGGAAAAGGUUCUGAUAGAGUUGAACAAAACGUGGGCCGAAUUGGAGUUUGAAAAGGAGUUGCACGAUAGAACAAAGCUGUAUGUUUUGAGAAUCAGCGAGGAAACAAUCGAUACUCUUGAAGAGAAUCAAGUGCAACUGCAAAAUAUGCUGGGAUCCAAGUUCAUAGCCUAUUUCUUGAAAGAGGUAACCGAUUGGCAGCAAAAACUGAGCUACGCUGACGCGGUGAUCACCAUUUGGUUCGAAGUACAGAGAGCUUGGAUGCAUCUCGAGAGUAUAUUCAUUGGGUCAGAAGAUAUUAGAAGUCAACUACCGGAAGAUUCUAGAAGAUUCGAAAGAAUAGACCGAGAAUUCAAGGAGAUGUUGAGAGAGAUGGCGUCGAAUUUGAACGUAGUAAAGGCAACGAAUAAGCCUCGUUUACUAGAAAAGCUCGAGGAAUUAGAGAAACAAUUGAGUAUGUGCGAGAAAGCUCUUGCGGACUAUCUGGAAACAAAGAGACUCGCGUAUCCGAGAUUUUAUUUUGUAUCUCCUGCUGAUCUACUUGAUAUACUUAGCAAUGGAAAUAGUCCUGAACUGGUUUGCAGGCACUUAUCGAAAUUGUAUGAUUCGAUUGCCAAUUUGAAAUGGAAGAUGGACGGCGGUAGAGCUUCCAAGAUGGCAAAUGCCAUGGUCGCCAAAGACGGAGAAAUGAUGAAGAUGUACGGAGUUUGCGACUGCAGUGGAAAGGUAGAAGUUUGGUUAAAUAGAGUAACUGAGGCGAUGAAGCGCACGGUACGCUAUCACUUCGGCCAAGCAGUCUCGUCGUACGCGGAAAAACCUCGAGAACAGUGGCUCUUUGAUUACGAGGCUCAGCCAGCGCUUUGUGGCACGCAGAUUUGGUGGACCAGUGAGGUCAAUCAGGCAUUUUCUCGCCUAGAAGAAGGUUUCGAAAACGCGCUCAAGGACUACCAGAAGAAGCAAAUAGCACAGCUGCACGCGCUGAUUUCUUUACUGAUCGGUGAGCUCACCGAAAACGACCGACAGAAGAUCAUGACGAUCUGCACCAUUGACGUGCACGCGCGUGAUGUUGUCGCCAAGCUCAUCACCAUGAAGGCCGAGAACGCGUCGAGCUUUCAGUGGCAGUCCCAGCUUCGACACAGAUGGGACGAUAAGCAAGGAGAUUGUUUUGCCAAUAUUUGCGAUGCCAGUUUCGCCUACGCGUACGAAUAUCUGGGCAACGUUCCGCGAUUGGUGAUCACUCCGCUAACCGAUCGUUGCUACAUCACGUUGACACAGUCCUUACAUCUCGUAAUGGGCGGUGCACCCGCGGGACCAGCGGGUACCGGUAAAACCGAGACCACCAAGGAUCUUGGUCGUGCACUUGGCCAGAUGGUCUACGUGUUCAACUGCUCCGAGCAGAUGGACUACAAGUCUUGUGGAAACAUCUACAAAGGCCUAGCGCAAACUGGUGCUUGGGGCUGCUUCGACGAGUUCAAUCGUAUCAGUGUAGAGGUACUCUCGGUCGUCGCCGUCCAGGUCAAGAGCGUACUCGACGGUAUUAAGAGCGGUAAAAAAACUUUCAUGUUUUUUGGACAAGAGCUGAAUCUCGUGCGGACCGUCGGCAUGUUCAUCACCAUGAAUCCUGGCUAUGCUGGGCGUACGGAAUUGCCUGAGAAUUUAAAAGCACUAUUCAGACCAUGCGCUAUGGUGGUCCCGGACUUCGAACUGAUUUGCGAGAUUAUGCUGGUAGCCGAGGGUUUCCAGGAAGCCCGUCUUCUCGCACGCAAGUUCAUCACACUGUAUACACUUUGCCGUGAGCUGCUGUCUAAGCAGGACCACUACGAUUGGGGACUGCGAGCCAUCAAAUCCGUCCUCGUAGUCGCGGGUAAACUUAAGCGCGGCGAUCGACUUAGGCCCGAGGACCAGGUGCUCAUGCGAGCACUUCGAGACUUCAACACUCCAAAGAUCGUUACGGACGACGUGCCUGUAUUCAUGGGACUUAUCGGUGAUCUCUUCCCUGCACUGGAUGUGCCGAGAAAACGCGACAUGGAGUUCGAGAAAGCAGUGCGACAGGCUGCACUGGAUCUCAAACUGCAACCAGAGGAUGGAUUUAUACUAAAAAUCGUGCAACUCGAAGAAUUGCUGUUUGUUCGUCACUCCGUGUUCAUCGUGGGCUUCGCAGGGACUGGUAAAACGGAGGUCUGGAAAACGCUGUUCCGCACCUAUCAAAAUCAGAAACGCAAACCGUACUUCAACGACCUUAAUCCCAAAGCCGUAACGAACGACGAGCUCUUCGGUAUCAUUAAUCCGGCAACCAGAGAAUGGAAAGAUGGCUUGGUGUCUAUACUCAUGCGCGACCAAGCAAACAUGCACGGCGAUGGUCCGAAAUGGCUGAUAUUCGACGGCGACAUUGACCCUAUGUGGAUCGAGUCGCUCAACACCGUGAUGGACGACAACAAAGUCCUGACUCUUGCUAGUAACGAACGUAUCGCCCUAACGAAACAGAUGAGACUGCUCUUCGAGAUUUCCAAUCUGAGAACUGCCACUCCGGCUACCGUCUCGAGAGCUGGCAUUCUGUACAUCAAUCCGCAAGAUCUUGGCUGGAAUCCAUUCGUGCAGAGCUGGAUAGAAACUCGAGAUCCAGUUGAGCGCGGGAAUCUUCUGAUUCUGUUUGAAAAGUACAUACCGCCGUUGCUCGACGUGACCAAAACGAAAUUCAAAAAGAUCACGCCGAUCCCGGAAAUCUGCCACCUUGAAAUGCUCUGCAACCUUUUGGAUUGCUUCUUGACAAAAGACAACGUACCUCCCGAUUGUCCGAAAGAAUGGUACGAGCUGUACUUUGCCUUUGCUUGUAUCUGGGCAUUUGGUUCUGCACUGUUCCAAGAUCAACUGGUCGACUGGCGCAACGAGUUCAGUAAGUGGUGGCUGAGCGAGUUCAAGGCCGUUAAGUUUCCUACUGGUGGAUCCAUCUUCGGCUACUUCAUUGAUUCUGAGACGAAGAAGCUCGUACCCUGGGAGGAAAAGGUCAGCCGAUUCGAUCUUGAUCCGGAACUGCCACUUCAGGCCACUUUGGUACCGACCGGCGAGACGGUGCGUAUCCGAUUCUUCAUGGACCUUCUGAUGGCUCGUAGAGUUCCAGUGAUGUUGAUCGGUGGAGCAGGUUCUGGCAAAAGUGUCAUUGUAGCUGAUAAACUAUCCAGUCUGCCAGACAACUACAACGUAGCCAAUGUGCCAUUCAAUUACUACACAACGUCUGAAAUGCUGCAAAGAGUACUAGAGAAACCUCUGGAGAAGAAAGCCGGUCGUAAUUUCGGGCCACCGGGAACAAAGUCUCUGGUUUACUUCGUCGACGAUCUGAAUAUGCCGGAAGUAGAUACCUACGGAACAGUCCAGCCGCAUACGAUCAUUCGGCAACACAUGGAUUAUGGUCACUGGUACGAUAGAACAAAGUUCACCUUGAAAGAUGUCCACAAUACGCAAUACGUCUCGUGCAUGAAUCCAACAGCCGGAAGCUUUACGAUCGAUCCUCGACUUCAGCGUCACUUUGCUGCCUUUGCCGUCAGCUUUCCUGGAAAAGAGGCACUUGCAACAAUAUACAGUCAGAUACUGGACCAACAUCUAAUCAACCCAACGCAUAAAAUAACACCUCUCAUAGGCAAGAUAGCGGAUUCGUUCAUAGACGCGGCUUUGUUUCUACAUGACAAAGUCACGGCGACUUUCUUGCCUACGGCCAUCAAAUUUCACUACGUGUUCAAUUUGAGAGAUCUGUCUAAUAUCUUCCAGGGACUUCUUUUUGCGAAUGGCAAUACGAUUCCAAACGUCGUGACGUUUUUGCGUCUGUUUGUUCACGAAGCUACGAGGGUUUACUGCGACAAGCUCGUUAGCUUUGAAGAUAAAACAGCAUUCGAGCAGUUACUUCGUGAAGCUCUCAGGAAGAACAUUCCCAUGUUCGAGGAGGAUCCAGUAUUUGCGGAACCAAUCAUAUUCUGUCACUUUGCGGAAGGCGUCGGUGAUCCAAAGUACAUGCCAAUUCGAGAGUGGCCGCAACUUGAGAAAUUGCUUGCAGAUGCACUUACGAAUUACAAUGAAUUAGUAUCAGCGAUGAAUCUGGUAAUGUUCGAAGACGCUAUGUAUCACGUCUGUCGCAUCAACCGCAUCUUGGAGUCGCCUAGAGGUAACGCACUGCUCGUCGGUGUUGGUGGAAGUGGAAAGCAGUCGUUGUCGCGGUUGUCGUCUUUCAUUUCAUCCUUAGAAGUGUUCCAAGUGCAGCUUAGAAAGGGCUACUCUAUUAAUGAUCUCAAGGCCGACCUAGCGAUUCUUUAUACUAAAGCUGGAAUAAAGAACAUAGGCAUCACAUUCUUGAUGACGGACUCGCAAGUAGCACAAGAGAGGUUUUUAGUGGUUGUUAACGACAUGCUUGCCUCUGGCGAGAUCCCCGAUCUCUUCCCUGAUGAUCAAAUCGACGGCAUCAUCGGAGCUAUGCGAAACGAGGUAAAACAAGCAGGAAUGCUGGAUACCAAAGAGAAUUGCUGGAAGUUCUUCAUAGACAAGGUACGCAAGCAACUGAAGUGCAUUCUGUGCUUCUCACCGGUUGGUGCUACACUGAGGAAACGAGCCCGACAAUUCCCAGCCAUCGUCAAUUGCACAUCCAUAAAUUGGUUUCAAGAUUGGCCACAGGAGGCCCUCGAAUCUGUUUCUUUGCAAUUUCUCGCGGAGCUCGACGUCCUUCCCGAGGAAUUUAGGCAGCCGGUGUCUCUGUUCAUGUCGUUCGUCCACACGAGCGUCAACGAAGUUUCAAAGAUUUACCUGCAGAACGAGAGACGUUACAACUACACGACUCCCAAAUCCUUCUUGGAGCAAAUCGCUCUCUACGCGAAGCUUCUAAAAGAGAAAACCGUAAACUUGAAAGCCAUGAUCGAGAGAUUGGAAAACGGCUUGGAGAAACUCAACUCGUGCGCUGGACAAGUCGACGAAUUGAAAGUUGUACUGGCCGUGCAAGAAGUCGACCUUAAGAAGAAAAAUGAAGUAGCCGACAAGAUUCUGGCGGAGGUCACAGCCGAGAACACCAAGGCCGAAGUGGAAAAAGCCUUCGUGUCCGAGGAGGAAGCGAAGGUGGCCGAGAUCAAGGAGAGUGUCUCGGAGAAGCAGAGAAAGUGCGACGAGGAUCUCGCGAAAGCCGAGCCUGCGGUGCGCCAGGCCGAAGCUGCUCUAAAUACUCUUAACAAAAAUAACCUGACAGAAUUGAAAGCCUUCGCUUCGCCACCCGAAGCUGUAGCCAAGGUAGCUCAAGCCGUUCUAGUGCUGUUCUCGCCGAAAGGUAAAGUACCAAAGGACCGUAGCUGGAAAGCUUGCAAAGCCAUGAUGGGCGGCGCCGAUCAGUUCCUGUCCAGCCUCAAGAACUACGACAAGGAGAAUAUCCAUCCGGAAGUUGUCAAGGCUAUCCAGCCUUACAUCAACGAUAAAGAAUUCGAUCCGGAAUUCAUACAAUCGAAGUCUCAAGCGGCAGCUGGUCUCUGCAGCUGGGUGAUUAACAUCAUGGUGUUCCAUUACAUCAACGAGAACGUCAAGCCGCUAAGACAGGCUCUCGCGCAAGCCAACGCCGAGCUCAAAGCAGCCUUGGAUAAGCUCACCGCACUGCGCGCUCGCUUAGCGGAAUUGCAAAAAGUGCUGGACGCUUUAGGCGAGAAAAUGGAAAUAGCUAUGGCUGAGAAGCAGAAGUGCCAGAAGGAGGCAGAUGCUACGGCUAUGGCGAUAGAUUUGGCGAACCGACUGGUGAACGGUCUUGCUUCCGAAAAGAUUCGCUGGGCGGAAACUGUGGAGGAGCUCAAAGCAUCGGGUAUCAAGAUUCCCGGCGACGUCCUGCUGGUCACUGCAUUUAUAUCCUACGUUGGCUGCUUCAGUCGCAAGUACCGGCUGGACUUAUUGAACGUGCAUUGGUUGCCGUUCAUGAGCAGUUUGAGCACACCUAUACCGCGGACCGAGGAUCUCGAUCCACUGACUUUGCUUACAGACGACGCGCAAAUCGCUCAGUGGAAUAACGAGGGUCUGCCAACGGAUCGAAUGUCGGCUGAGAACGCGACGAUCCUGACGAAUUCGGCUCGAUGGCCUCUGAUGAUCGAUCCUCAACUCCAGGGCCUCAAGUGGAUCAAGAACAAGUACGGGGAUGAACUGAAGAUCCUGAGACUGACGCAGAGAAACUACCUGGACAAAAUUGAGUUUGCGAUCAGCAAUGGUGAAAUAGUCCUGCUGGAGAACAUCAUGGAAACCGUCGACGCUGUGCUCGAUCCUAUUCUUGGACGCGUUUUAGUGAAGAAAGGAAGUGCGGUUAAAAUAGGUGACAGAGAAGUCGACUACAAUCCCCAGUUCCGUCUGAUUCUGCAAACGAAACUGGCGAACCCACACUACAAGCCAGAGAUGCAGGCGCAGACUACACUGAUCAACUUUACAGUCACACAGGACGGUCUCGAGGAACAGCUGCUAGGAGAGGUCGUGAAAGCCGAAAGACCAGACCUAGAGGCAACCAAGUCUGAGCUCACCAAACAGCAGAACACCUUCAAAAUCACGCUGAAGACUCUGGAGGACGAUUUGCUUCAGAGACUGUCGUCAGCUGGACCAAACGUCCUGAGCGACGUAGCUCUUGUGGAAAACCUCGAGACAACGAAACGUACCGCAGCGGAGAUCGAGUUACAGGUAGCGGAGGCUAAGGUAACAGCGGUGCGCAUUGACGAGGCUCGCGAAUGGUAUCGUCCAGCUGCUUCGCGCGCUAGCUUGCUGUACUUCAUCCUGAACGACCUCAGCAAGAUCAACAUGCUUUAUCAGUUUUCGCUGAAAGCCUUCAGUGUCGUCUUCCAAAACGCCAUUAGGUUUGCCGUGGCAGCGGAGAACAUAAGUAAGCGAGUCGCAAACCUGAUCGACAGUAUCACUUAUUUGGUGUUCGUUUACACGAGCAGAGGCCUGUUCGAAGCAGACAAGUUGACCUUUUUGUGCCAAAUGGCUAUUCAGAUCCUUUUGCAAACAAAAGAAAUAAACCGGUCCGAGGUGGACUUCCUUCUGCGCUACCCUUUCGACCCCAACGUCGUCAGUCCCGUGGACUUUUUGGGCAACUCGAGCUGGGCUGGCAUCAAGCUCUUAAGCAGUCGCGAAGAAUUUUUCAACCUCGACAAGGACAUCGAGGGAGCGGCCAAGCGCUGGAAAAAGUUCGUCGAGUCGGAGAAUCCGGAACGCGAAAAAUUCCCUUCGGAGUGGAAGAACAAAACGGCUUUCCAGAGACUCUGCAUGAUGCGCUGUCUCCGACUGGACCGAAUGACUUAUGCCGUCAAAUGCUUUGUAGAAGAGAAGCUAGGCCCGAAAUUCACCGAGUCGCGAUCUCCGCCUUUCACCAAAUCCUUCGAAGAAACCAGCUCUAUUACUCCAGUUUUCUUCAUCUUGUCUCCCGGCGUUGACCCCCUUAAAGAUGUAGAAAAAUUAGGUCAAAAACUGGGCUUCACAUCGGAGGCGCGAAAGUUCCACAACGUGUCCCUAGGUCAAGGUCAGGAGCCCGUGGCCGAGGCGGCGAUGGACUUCGCGGCCACUGAGGGACACUGGGUGAUUCUACAGAACGUGCAUUUGGUGAAGAAUUGGCUAAGCAGUCUCGAGAAGAAGCUCGAGCAGCUUUCGGAGGACCCGCACGACGAUUACAGGCUGUUUAUCAGCGCUGAGCCAUCGGCCGAUCCCCACGAAUCCAUCAUUCCACAGGGAAUUCUGGAAUCCGCCAUAAAAAUAACCAACGAACCGCCGACGGGAAUGCACGCAAACAUCCACAAAGCUCUCGACAACUUUAGCCAAGAGACUCUAGAAUCCUGUACGAAAGAAGCCGAGUUCAAGGGAGUGCUCUUCGCACUGUGCUACUACCACGCUGUCGUCGCGGAGAGACGAAGAUUCGGGCCGCAGGGCUGGAAUAGAAUAUACCCCUUCAACUUUGGCGAUCUGACGAUAAGCGUCUCGGUGCUGCUGAACUAUCUGGAGAACAAUAGCCGAGUGCCGUGGGAGGACCUACGCUACCUCUUCGGUGAAAUCAUGUACGGCGGCCACAUAACCGACGACUGGGACCGUCGACUGUGCCGCACCUACCUGCUCGAGUUCCUCAAGCCUGAGCUCGUCGAGGGGGACCUCAACUUCGCUCCGGGGUUUCCAGCCCCGCCCAACACCGACUACGUUUCCUACCACCAGUACGUCGACGAUUACCUGCCGACCGAAAGUCCGGUGCUCUAUGGACUGCAUCCGAAUGCGGAGAUCGGUUUUCUGACCGUCACGUCGGAGAAUCUGUUCCGCACGGUUCUCGAGAUGCAGCCGAGGGACGUCGGCGAAGCCGCGGGUGUGGGUAUGUCGCGGGAGGAUAAGGUCAAGUCCAUCAUCGAGGACUUGCUGGACAAAUUGCCCGAGGAAUUCAACGUUCCGGAGCUGAUGACCAAGGUCGAGGAACGAACGCCUUACACCAUCGUCGCCUUCCAAGAGUGCGAGAGGAUGAAUAUUUUAUGCUCGGAACUCCGGAGAUCCUUGCGCGAGCUCGAACUCGGUCUAAAAGGAGAACUGACGAUCAAUGCCGACAUGGAAGAUUUGCAAAAUUACCUCUACAUGGACGUGGUGCCACCGUCGUGGACGAGACGCGCCUACCCCUCGAGCCUCGGUCUCACGAGCUGGUUCGCCGAUCUGCUGACUCGGUACACCGAGCUCCACGCCUGGACUGCCGAUUUCAAUCUGCCGUCCUCGGUAUGGUUGGCCGGGUUCUUCAACCCUCAGUCGUUCCUCACAGCGAUUAUGCAGCAAACGGCUCGCAAAAACGAGUGGCCUUUGGACAAGAUGUGCCUCUACUGCGACGUAACCAAGAAGCAGAAGGACGAGUUCAACGCACCGCCUCGGGAGGGCGCCUACAUAAACGGUCUCUUCAUGGAAGGCGCGCGCUGGGACACGGCGACGGGCUCGAUCGCGGAUUCGCGUCUCAAGGAGCUGUUUCCUCAGAUGCCCGUCGUCUACAUCAAAGCCACCACUCAGGACAAGCAGGAUCUCAAGAACAUGUACGAGUGUCCGGUUUAUCGAACGCGAUCGCGAGGACUAACAUACGUAUGGACGUUCAAUCUGAAGAGCAAAGACAAGCCUACCAAAUGGACCCUGGCUGGAGUUGCCAUUUUAUUGCAAACUUGA